UUUGUUUGUUAUCAACAAUUCACAUGUGAAGUGAACGGCAAUUAUAUCUGUAUUUCAAAGAUUUAUGCAAUACUGUUCUGGCUUCAAAAAGAAUAAGACAUGGCAACAAGAUACAUCGAGAAAAUGUCUAAAAAGGUUUCGGACUCGAUAAUUUUUACUUGGAAAAUCAAGGAUUUAGCCUUCGAUGAACUGCCAAACGAUGAGCGCCGCAUCAGAAGUUCAACGUUUAAAUGCCUCAAAGCCGUCUUUUGUUUGGAGAUCGCUCGCAUCUCAGGAAACAUUCAUCUGUACCUAACUCAAAGUAAUAAGUCCAAUCCGCCUUGGAUUUCAGAGUGCACAAUUGGGCUGACUUAUUCAGACAAGUGUGACAAACAUUUUAAGCAGUUUAGUACACCAACGAAACCUGCAGAUAUUACUUGUUACUUUACUGCCAGUGCAAUCAAGAAAGAUUUACCUGACAACGUGUUGAGUGUAUGUUGCAAUUUCACAGCCUCAACCGUAAUGCAGAACUCCGAUGAUGAGUCAGAGACAGAGUCGGAUGAGGAUGAAGAUGAAAUCGAAUUUUCAAAGUCUGGACCAUUGGUGUUGGCAGAAGAUAUCGGAAAAGCUAUAGAACCUUGCCGUCAUUCAGACGUCACUUUGAAAGUAGGCAAAAAUGAAUUCCAGGCUCAUAAAAUAAUUCUGGCAAGUCGCUCCAAAGUGUUCGAUGCAAUGUUCGAAAGCGACAUGAAGGAAAAUCGACAGAAUGCGGUUGAUAUAAUUCAAAUGAAGCCUUCCAUCGCCAAGGAAAUGUUGCUGUACAUCUAUACGGGGAAAGUCGAAAGAUUGUCAAUGGAUAGAGCUCUGGAUUUAUACGUUGCUGCUGACAGGUACGAUCUGCAAGAGCUCAAGGAAUGGUGCCAACGCUUCGUCCAGAAACACGUUUCUCCUAAAGACGUAUGCCAAGUAGCGGAACUUGCAGAACUGCACAACGACAAGAAACUUGCAAAGACUGUACGAAGAGUUUUUAAAGAGGAGUCUCAAAGAAUAUUGAUAUCCAAGGAAUGGAGAGAUUUUGCAGAAAAGAAUCCUGUUUUGUACUCUAAUCUUAUGGAAGGUGCCCUAUUGAACAAAAGUUAAAGUUAUGUAAAAUUUUUAUCCUCUUAAGUUCUCAAAACGUGUUGGCGAAAAAGAAAACGCACACAUUCAUUAUUAUAUGUGCGAAUAUUCGUAAAUGUUCUCAAUAAUUCAUUAGCUUUUUGAGUGAUAAAGGAAGUUUCCCUAUAAUUUUACAGACAUGUUUUAUUCAAAAAAAAAAAAAAAAAAAACCUAUACACCAUUCACUGUUUACGCAUGAAUCACACGGGUCAACAACGUUUCAGUUACUGGGGUGGGAAAAAAAUAAUUGUUCUGUGCCUAAUUUUAUUGUUGUGAUUCCAAAUCUGUUGAAAUUUGACUUCUCCAUCACGGCGGGAAUUCGACUUACAGAAACUUCCAAUGUUUGGACAUUCCGAGACUGUCUCGUCUCACUUAACUAAAAU